CCGAGGCGGGAGGCGCCGCGGAGAGGCAGGCAGAGCCCGGCUGCCCGCCUGCGGCUUAGAGCCGAUUGUGCCGCGUCGCCGGGCUCUUGUACCCCCACCUCUGCCCCGGCUCCCGCAAAACUUUUAUUCUCUGGGGCUCCUUAGGGUAUGUGAAGGGCUCGGAGCUCCCGGCCGGCUCCACGCUCCCCUGCAGCCGCGGCCGAGGGGACGUGCAUCUCUCGCCCGUCGGGCUCUUGCGCCCAGCACCUCCUCACCUGCUGCUAGCUCCGCGAAGCCGCGAGGGGGCACCGCUGGAGGGGCAGCGCGGGCGCCGGCGCCCCGAACUCUCCCGCCCAUCGCGGCGGACCCGCCCGGCGCAACUUUAACUUGAUUCCUGUCGCCCAGCCCGGGCACCCGCGGCGGCUUCUGUUCCUCCUGCUGCAGCUGUCUCACCACCGCCGCCUCACAAAGGGGCGCAGGGAGCAGAAGCGGCGCGGGCGGCGGACACGGGCGUCAGUGCGCAGGGCGCUGGCCUCAGGAGCCCGGGCCUCAGAGCCGCCGAAGUCGGGAGACAAAAGGGAAACUGCCUCUGCUCGCGGUGCCGGCUUGGAGCAGCCUGCUCUCCCACCACCCGCCGGCUCUGCGCGCCUGCUUUCCUCACCCUCGGCCGCCGCUCUGCUUCCCUCUCCUCCGGCUGUCCCCGCAGUGCUCCGGGACCCGGCAAGCCUUCUGGGCGCGCGUCGCUGCUGGUGGUUGGGACUCUAGCAUAAUAAAUGAUAGAGGAUACAAUGACUUUGCUGUCUCUGCUGGGUCGCAUCAUGCGCUACUUCUUGCUGAGACCCGAGACGCUCUUCCUGCUGUGCAUUAGCCUGGCGCUGUGGAGUUACUUCUUCCACACCGACGAGGUGAAGACCAUCGUCAAGUCCAGCCGGGACGCCGUGAAGAUGGUGAAGGGCAAGGUGGCCGAGAUCAUGCAAAACGAUGGGCUCGGGGGUCUCGACGUGCUCGAAGCCGAAUUUUCCAAGACUUGGGAAUUCAAGAACCACAACGUGGCGGUGUAUUCCAUCCAAGGUCGGAGGGACCACAUGGAGGACCGCUUCGAAGUUCUUACUGACCUGGUCAACAAGACGCACCCGUCCAUCUUCGGGAUCUUCGACGGGCACGGGGGCGAGACUGCAGCUGAAUAUGUAAAAUCUCGACUCCCAGAGACCUUGAAACAGCAUCUUCAGGACUAUGAGAAAGACAAAGAAAAUAGUGUAUUGUCUUACCAGACAAUCCUUGAACAGCAGAUUCUGUCAAUUGACCGAGAAAUGCUAGAAAAAUUGACUGUAUCCUAUGAUGAAGCAGGCACGACAUGUUUGAUUGCUCUGCUGUCAGAUAAAGACCUCACUGUGGCCAACGUGGGCGACUCACGUGGGGUACUGUGUGACAAGGAUGGGAACGCCAUUCCUUUGUCUCAUGAUCACAAGCCUUACCAACUGAAGGAGCGGAAGAGAAUAAAGAGAGCUGGUGGUUUCAUCAGUUUUAAUGGCUCCUGGAGAGUCCAGGGAAUCCUGGCAAUGUCUCGGUCCCUGGGGGAUUAUCCACUGAAAAAUCUCAAUGUGGUCAUCCCUGACCCAGAUAUCCUGACGUUUGACCUGGACAAGCUCCAGCCCGAGUUCAUGAUCCUGGCAUCAGAUGGCCUCUGGGAUGCUUUCAGCAAUGAAGAAGCUGUUCGAUUCAUCAAGGAGCGCUUGGAUGAACCUCACUUUGGAGCCAAGAGCAUAGUUUUACAGUCAUUUUACAGAGGCUGCCCUGACAAUAUAACAGUCAUGGUGGUAAAGUUCAGGAAUAGCAACAAAGCAGAAGAGCAGUGAACCCUUCCGGGGCCUCAGCUACCCCAGACUAAAGGACUCUCAACACACUGCUCUCUUUUAAUGUAGUGAAGGGUGUGGGAGUUGUAAUUAGGAUCAUCCAUCCCAGACGUGGAUUUCCCCCUCCCUGGUGGUCUUAGGUCUAUAUUCAGUGAUGCUCAGAGAGUGCUCUUGGCCAAUGUAUUUGAGAGGCUGGAAAAUGGUUUCUUCAUGUUUUCCCAAUCUUUUCACCUGACGUUCAAAAUAUAUAAAUAGGUAGCUGUAGAUUCACAUGUACCACAUGAACAGCAUAUGUGCCAUAUAUUCUCCCUUUCAAGAUUCUUUUUUUAGAUCUCUUUCAGUGUCCCCCAGGCAUCAGGCUUUGUGUCCUCUCUUUGGCAUUGUGGGCAGGACAGGCCUCCCGAGUGCGCCUGGAAAUGGGCCCCAGCAGUACUUGUGAGUCUGCAGCGGUACCCUCUCUGCUGAGAGUUAGAGCUUGUCCUGCAAAUGACUGUCUUGUCCUCCUGAGCACAGGCUUUCUGCUCCCAGGAGCAGAUUUGGAAUGGCUUACUAUUUUCCUUGGCUGCUCUUAGAGACUGAGGGACGCGGGGAGGAUGGGAGAUCAGUGGCAGCUGCCUUCAUAGCAGAAAAUAUCCUUUUCCCUCGCUCCUUUUGUUAAAUAGACUGUGUGUACCACCUGACCAGCCUUUGUGCAGUUUAUCCUAAUUGUGCAUGACCUUAGUAACCUUUUGCUUACACCUUACCUGAUGUAGUGGGCAGCUGUUAAACCUCACCCCAGACACCACAAAAUUUCCCCUUACAUUACUAAGAAACCAUAUUAGAGGAAGUAUGAAAGAGCAAGUCACAAUCGUGGUACUGAACUAUAAUUCUUUCAUCGCUAAGGAUAAAUAGAGAAAAAUGAUGCAGAAUGAGUCACAGUGCCCCUUGGGAAGUCUGCUGUUUGCAUUGGGGGAGAAAGGAGUGUGCUGGUAAGGUUACCACCCUGAAUGGAGCUCCAGUUGCCAGUCUUCAUGCGUUUGUUUUUUCACCCCUAUCCUAGUAGCUUUCAAAUUUUCAAGCAGUGUUCUGAGAAGCAGCAGCCUAGAAGUGCGUCCACCUGCCUGUCAGUGUUCCUUGAAGCUGGGUACAGAGUUCCCAGCCAUAGUUUGGAAUUUGGUGGUAAACAACUGGGAUGUGCUUCUCCUUGACAAUGGGAAGGUGGCAGUCUAACAUUUGGUUUCAAAUUACAUGGGGUGUCUUUCCCCAGGCAAAUGCAAACCUGUGACGCACAGUCUGCCAGGAGGCAGCAAAUGGACACCAGGGGCCAACCAGCUGUUCAAGUGAAACCCUACUGAUCAAUAGCCCAGGGUUAUUUUGGGAUUAGGCUUGCUGCUCUCCAUUUCGUGUCACCAAAAUCUUGUCUCCAACCUCAGUAUUUUAGAAGUUAAUUUACAAAAAAUGCUGUAUGUAGAAAAUGUUUGUCUGACUGUCGCAGCUCAAACAGCCCAACAAGAUUUUCACUGCAUCCCCACCCCUCGCAUCUGAAAAGGUUGUUUUGUUCUUUCCAAAUGGGCAUUAGUCAUUACAACUUCUCACAGGCCCAGUUCACUCCCCACCCCCUGCCCUCCUUUAGUUGUGGAGCUUUCCUGAAGCAGGUUCCAGGAGAAUGAAAAGAUUCCCUGUGGCUGCAGAAGAUUGCAGUCUGUCUUAAUUCCUCCAAGCACUUACCUUCCUGUGACUGCAAUGAGAAGUUAUAAUAGUUUCCCAAGAGCUUUGCUUACUUUUGGACAUUGUAUUUUCCAGCAUUAGAAUUAGAAUCUUGGUUUUUUUUUUUUAACCAUAGAAUGUUCUAGUACAAAAUAUCUGACACCAUUUUCAUUUAAGUGUUUGCCUUUUGAGAAACACCGAACAUUUGGUAUGUGCACUUGGCACGGGGUGCAGAGAGGAGCGUGUGGAAAAUAAAUGGCGUUGUGAGCAGUGAUGGGACGCAUCAGGCCAGGCGGUCUGAGUUUACUUGGAGAUUUAAGACGUCCUGACCCUGGAGAGUUACCAAACAAAGCCUGCAUUUAACUUAAAUUCAUGAAUAAGUGGUUUCAGCAUUUUCAGAGUACACAGUCACUUUUUUUAGAACCUAACACAAAAAUGCAUAACAAGGGAAAGACAUUUUUAAUUCUAUAAUCAUUUUAGUUGUCUAAAAUGAAAACAUUUUUUGGUGAGAAUGAAUAAGAAAAGCUACUAAGUUAGUAAAUUAGUGUUUACUCUGCAAAAUUUAAUAGAUGGUGCUCAGUGUAGAAGUUGCAUAACUUUCCCUCUGAUUGAGAGUCGCAAAUCGUCUUCUAAAUUCUGCUUUUGUAGAAUUAAUUCAUUCUGACUUUGACCAACUAAUAGUGUGUGUAUUUCCACACUCUUUCUGCCUCCUCACAUCCUCCUCACCCCCUCUUUGGCUUGUAGAUUUUUAAAAGACAGCAUUUCUUCACAAAAUAGUAGCAUGUUGAUUAAUGGUCACAUCUAAAAUGAGUGCUUUGUUCCCUUCCCCUGUGUCCUCUUAGAGUUCUUUUUCCCUGACCCCUUCCCAGCUUCGCAGGUCUGCAGACAACACUCCUGGGGUACCUGGUGGCACGCUGGCUGCUCCUGUUUGCUAGGGAUCAGGGAAGAUUGAAUCUAUCCAUUAGGCAAAUUGAUUUGAGAAGUUUGCAUGUGAAGCUUCCUGAAACAGCACUGCCAAAGCUUUGGAAUUGUCUCCUGAAGCUGCCUGGACUCUGUAGCCCAAGUUCACAUUGCCAGUAAUGCCCAUGGUGCCAAAUUUGGAAGUAAUUUUACAGUCUUUUAGAAAUGCAGCUGGGAAUGACCUAGAGCUUCUGAGCCCCCAGCAAGAUGCCAGGCCCUGGUCCUCAUUAAUGCACUGCUCUGCUGCUGCUCCUCUGGCAUUUUGUACUUUUAAAAUGGGUUGAGAUUGGGGCAGGGCAAAUUUAAAAAAAAAAAAAUUCAUUGUAUUUGCAUUUCUUUAAUCAAAGGAAUAAAUAUACUUGUAUAGAAAGCUCCACAGCUAGUUCCCAAGAACUGCACUUAUUUUAUAUGACCAACUUGCACAAGACACUCAACUCUGAAGUCGCUGUUCUAAUACAACAUGAUUGUGUGGAGUAUGUACACAUGAAUGGUAACCGGUGGCUACAUUCUAUUGCUUGAUGUGGAUUAAAGGGAUUGGCCUCUUGAAUCCUGUGUAUAAUGUAGUAAUAGUAUUGUGCAGAGGCAUAUACAAGCUAGAUAAUUUACAACAGACCUAAUUUAAUACAAAUAUCUAGUUUUAAUAUAAAACCUUGGUUUCAACCUGCAUACAUUUUGUGCAAAUGGAAAACAGGAUUGAAUUUGAAUGAGAGUGAUCCAUAAUCAUUUCAAUUCAAUCUGAAGUGAUUCUAGGAAAUUGAUUAUUACUCUGUUGGAAUGGAUCACUGGGGUAUUUUGACAAUGCAUGAGGGAUUCAAAAAGGAAGUGAUCACUUUUUCCUUUGCCAGGAAUACCUUGAGUUUACUGAUUUUUUUCCCCUGAAUAGUUUCCAGAUCAUCUAACUCUUAAAAUUGUGUCAGUUCAGAAGGUUUAGGAUUAGAGAAGGGCAGCAUUUUAUCGUACACUUGAAAGUACAAAAAUAAAUACUUUGAGACUUUAUUUUCCGAUGAUUUCAGAAAUACUUUUUUCCUCUUUUUGGCCCAUCAUUAGAAUUUCCUUAAUACUCUCCCAAAGUAGUCUUAGCACACCAGCAUUCCUGACGCAGCUUUGGAGAAAUGACAUGACUGUUAGAUACCACACUGGAGCCUGUUUAAUUGCCUCUGUUUAAAUCAUUGAUAUUUUGAUGUCUGCAGGAGUAAUUGAUCCACAGAACAUAAGUUCCAAAGAUGCUCUUCCAAAUAUAGGGUUCUGGAGCCACAUGUGUUUGGGAAAUAUACUGUCUUAGAAAGUUAGUGCAUAUAGGCACAUCAAAAGCUCUCAAAUGUACUGCAGGUGUUGGGGUGGAGAAGCACACCACAUACAUAACUUCAAUAAGCCCAGUGUUACCCCAAUUAAUCUGACCACAGAACCCUUUUUUGAGUAAUAUCUAGUAACAUUCCAAGGAACUAGUAUAGUGUUCCACAGAACCCACUUUGGGAAAUUCUGAUAUAUCAAAGUAUUGCCGUUGUUUUUCAUUCACCAUGAUUCAUAGUAGUAGCAGUACAGUUUGCAAUUUAGAAGCAUUAAAAUCCUUUCAUGUAAGAAACUGACUCAUUAAUAAAAGCAGUGUUAAGAGUAUAAUUUGCCAUGACUGGUAGCAGCCUGAUGUUGAGAACAAAAGUUCAUGUAAAAUAGCAGAAGCCCAAUAAUCAUAUUUGAACCUCUAAACAUCAUCUCUCUCCUGUUACAUGAACAGCAAUCAAGAGCCUUGCCAUAGCUAGGCAUUUCUCAAAUUCAUUACAAGAGUUUUUAGUGGCUUUUUUGCAGUUAUCUUUGCUUUCAGGAUUGAAUCAAAAUAAAUAUUUUUAAAUUUCAUCGCUACAUGAUAGUUUAAAAACAUUUUAAUAACAAAAGAAAAAAGACGUCUUUGGUUAUAAUUCAUGUUUAAAAUUUUAACAGGUUUUAUAAAUUAAUUCUCCAUUGUGUAACAAUGGAGAUAUAAAAUAUUAUCAUUAACUGUCUUUGCUCUGUUCUCUCCAGAUUCAAUGAAAUUAUUAGAAAUCAAUUAGAACUCAUACAUUCUAAAAUUCCUUUCCCAUGCCAUCCUACCUGUCACAUUUCAUAGAAAUAGUUUGGUUUAGCAAGUUUUCUUUCCUAAAAUGUAAGAUUUUGCUUAAAGCCCCAUAAUUAUCACUCUCAGCCUGGGUAAUGUGUUUGGGAAGAUAUGAAAGAUAAUCCCCAAAUGAUGGAUGAAACAAAUCUAGUUGAAAACAUGGUACACAAUGAAUUUAAAGUCAAGCUCAUUAAUUUAAAAUAAUAUCCAAUAUUUAGGAACAUACUUCUUUAUUCAAAAGAAUAAAAGAAAAAUAAUAAGUAAAAUGGCUUAAUCUACGUGGCAGAUUUUGAAGGGCCAAGGGACAGUUAAUACCAUGAGGCUUCUUUUAGAUAUGUGUGUAUAAACGUAUUUUCUAGUAUGUAAAUUUUGUGCCAAUUCUUGGUAAUGUUAAUGCUUUUGUCUAUUACUUUUUAUUUUUACCACUGUUAAGCUGCAAACUGUUUAACCAAGGCUUGAUUAUGAUAAGUUUUAUGUGUUUAGUAAUAACCACGCCAUCAUAUGUACAAUCACUUUAAUAAAUCAAGUUAAAGACUUUGA